CCUUCUCCAACUAUAGAACCUCCAGACUUCUGCUAGUUCCUACUGCCCCCUGCUCCCUAUCACCCCUCAUCCUUCACAGAGCCUGCUUUCUUGCCUGUGGGCCCCUUCCUGACCACCUCACCUCUCUUCACUCCCCCCUCUCCCUCCAGAAGUCUCUUUCCAUCCUCUACCCUCUUCCUCCCCCAACCCUCUUGCCUCCUUUUUGAGCCCCCGCCUAAACCAGGGGCCAGUGGGUACCCCGUACCGCAGGAUGUGAGCCCCUUUGAUCUGUAAUGCUGUGGCUGGCCCUUGGCCCCUUCUAUGCCAUGGAGAACCAGGUGCUAGUCAUUCGCAUCAAGAUUCCAAACAGUGGCGCGGUGGACUGGACGGUGCACUCCGGGCCGCAGUUACUCUUCAGGGAUGUGCUGGAUGUGAUAGGCCAGGUUCUGCCUGAAGCAACAACCACAGCAUUUGAAUAUGAAGAUGAAGAUGGUGAUCGAAUUACAGUGAGAAGUGAUGAAGAAAUGAAGGCAAUGCUGUCAUAUUAUUAUUCCACAGUAAUGGAACAACAAGUAAAUGGACAGUUAAUAGAGCCUCUGCAGAUAUUUCCGAGAGCCUGCAAGCCUCCUGGGGAACGGAACAUACAUGGCCUGAAGGUGAAUACCCGGGCCGGAGCCUCCCAACAUGGCAGCCCAGCAGUCUCAGAUUCACUGCCAAGCAAUAGCUUAAAAAAGUCUUCUGCUGAACUGAAAAAAAUAUUAGCCAAUGGCCAGAUGAAUGAACAAGACAUACGGUAUCGAGAUACCCUUGGCCAUGGCAACGGAGGCACAGUCUACAAAGCAUACCAUGUCCCGAGUGGGAAAAUACUAGCUGUAAAGGUCAUACUGCUAGAUAUUACACUGGAACUUCAGAAGCAAAUUAUGUCUGAAUUGGAAAUUCUUUAUAAGUGCGAUUCAUCAUAUAUCAUAGGGUUUUAUGGUGCAUUUUUCGUAGAAAACAGGAUUUCAAUAUGUACAGAAUUCAUGGAUGGGGGAUCUUUGGAUGUAUAUAGAAAAAUCCCAGAGCAUGUCCUUGGAAGAAUUGCAGUCGCAGUGGUGAAAGGCCUUACCUAUUUGUGGAGUUUAAAGAUUUUACAUAGAGAUGUGAAGCCCUCCAAUAUGCUAGUAAACACGAGAGGACAAGUCAAGCUGUGUGAUUUUGGAGUUAGCACUCAGCUGGUGAAUUCUAUAGCCAAGACGUAUGUUGGAACAAAUGCUUAUAUGGCGCCUGAAAGAAUUUCAGGGGAGCAGUAUGGAAUCCAUUCUGACGUCUGGAGCUUAGGAAUCUCUUUCAUGGAGCUUGCUCUUGGGAGGUUUCCAUAUCCUCAGAUUCAGAAAAACCAGGGAUCUUUAAUGCCUCUCCAGCUUCUGCAGUGCAUUGUUGAUGAGGAUUCGCCCGUCCUUCCGGUUGGAGAGUUCUCUGAGCCAUUUGUACAUUUCAUCACUCAGUGCAUGCGAAAGCAGCCAAAAGAAAGGCCAGCACCUGAGGAGUUGAUGGGCCACCCGUUCAUCGUGCAGUUCAACGAUGGGAAUGCCACCGUGGUGUCCAUGUGGGUGUGCAGGGCACUGGAGGAGAGGCGGAGCCAGCAGGGGCCCCUGUGAGGCCUCAGGGGUGCUGAAAGCCCAGAAUUGGAGACCAAGUGACAACCCCGCCUGUUGCCCCUCUCUCCGUCUGCUGCCUGCACCAGAAGAGCUUUACUGGGCCCCAGCUUCCUUGCUCUCUUGCCUUC